AUGGAGGGUCGGAGGCUAGACUUCGUGGCCCCAAUCGAGGAAGCAACAUCCCACAUUAACAGAGAACAUGCAGAAGAACUACGCUGGAAAGUCAGGCAUGCAUUGGAAAGGGCCAAACCGCCAAAGGCCAAUACCACCAAAGAGGAACUGGCAGCAAUCAACAACCUCAAACAAGACGGCAGCAUCAUCAUACUUCCAGCAGACAAAGGAAACACCACCGUUGUCAUGGACAAGAAGGAAUACGACCACAAGAUGAACAGCAUUGUGACAGAUGGAUCGUACACCAAACUGAAGAAAGACCCAACCCCGGCCUGUGAACGCAAACUAACAAAGCUCCUUAAGAAGAACAAGGACAGGGAACAACUCACGGACGCCCAGUACAGAAAGCUGAGCCAACAUCACAGCAAACUUCCACACAUGUACGGGCUGUCAAAGGUACACAAGACCAAUGUACCGCUAAGACCAAUAGUAAGCUGCCGUGGCUCAGCCUGCCAUCCUCUGAGCCAGUUCCUCGUCAAGAUCAUCAACCCACUCAGUGGCAAAACACCUACAUAUGUCAAGAACUCAGCCCACUUCGUCUCACUGGUUCAGGCCAUGCGACCUUCGCCGAACAUGCAAAUGGUAAGCUUCGAUGUGGUGAGUCUGUUCACCAAUGUGCCCACUACCGAAGCUCUGAGCAUAGUGAGGACAAGACUGGAGAGCGACGAUACACUGCCCGAAAGAACGACAAUCCCGACUGAUGACAUCAUGGAACUCCUGACAUUCUGUGUCACCACCACCGCCUUCCAACUGGGCGAUGACUACUACCAACAAACUGAAGUAAUGGCCAUGGGAUCACCCCUGUCACCGGUGAUCGCCAACAUCUACAUGGAACACUUCGAGGAACUGGCCUUACAAACAGCACCACUGAAACCAUCCCUGUGGCUGCGAUAUGUCGACGACACAUUCGUCCUGUGGGACCAUCGCGAGGACAUAACACCGUUCCUAGACCACCUCAACAGCCUCCGACCCUCCAUCCAAUUCACAAUGGAAACAGAAGUCGACAACAAACUACCAUUCCUUGACGUCCAAGUGGAGAAAUCUGAGGAAACAUUCAGAACAUCGGUCUACCGCAAACCAACAGCGACCGACCGCUACCUCAACUUCAAGUCACACCACCCAGACACAGUCAAGAAAGGUAUCGCAUCGCCAAAAUCGGCGACGGCGGCCGGCCGCCACUGGGAUGUCGGAAAGGCCGGCCGGCCCUCGACAGAGGCCGCCUGGCUCAGAGACAGUCGCCCACUGCAGGUCGGGCCGGUGACGUGA